AUGCAAAGUACUCGUCUGUUAAUCACCGCACAACGCUGUUCAUCAGCAUCUAGACUUAACCAUUUAUUGAGACGAUGUCUUACCACUGCACAUUCAACAACAAAAACCAAUUUACAUAAAUCAUCGUUAUCUCUAGUCGAUUCGUACCGUUCACCGUAUUUGAAUAGUCGAUUAUUGCCCUUGCCACAAUGUAGUGUAAUCACUGUUCGAUAUGCCUCUUCCGGUAGCUUACCAUCUCAUAAGAAGAUAGCUCUUCCAGCGUUAUCGCCAACUAUGGAAACUGGUACAUUGAGAUCAUGGUCCAAGAACGAAGGAGAUAAAAUCGCAGAAGGUGACAUUUUGGCCGAAAUCGAAACAGAUAAAGCAACACUAGGAUUCGAGUCAGGUGACGAAGGUUAUCUCGCUAAAAUUCUUAUUCCUGCCGGUAGUAAAGACGUGCCUGUUGGAAAGCCAUGUGCCAUUAUUGUUGAAAAGGAAGAGGAUAUCGCUGCAUUUAAAGAUUAUAAAGAUGAUGGUAGUGGAUCGACUGCAAAGAAACAAUCAUCCGAAGAACAGGCGCCUUCGCCAACAAAAUCAGAGAAGAAAGAUAAAGAAUCAACAAGCAAAACGGAACAACAAGCGGUAUCAACUCCAAAAAAAGAAAAAACGACACCAGCAUCUGAUAAAACAACGAAAGGCGAACGAAUCGCAGUAUCACCACUAGCUAAAAAAUUAGCCGAAGAAAAAGGCAUCAAUAUCCAGUCAGUCCAAGGUAGCGGCCCUAAUGGUCGAAUCGUUGCGGAAGACGUCGAGAAAUUUAUCAAAGAAGGUGGUGCCAAAGCUAAAACAGACACUAAGAAAGCCAAAGAUACACAAGCAGCUCCAAGCAAAGCAUCAAAGAAAGAUAAGGAAACUUCAGGACGUGCAGGUGGUUAUGACGAACAAAAAGUAUCCGAAAUACGUGAAGAAAAUGCCCGCCGUGUAACUGAGUCAAAGACAACUAUUCCACAUUAUUAUCUAACCAUUGAAGUUGAACUCGAUGAAAUAAUCAAAUUACGUGAAAAACUCAAUGCUAUGUUAGCACCAAAAUCGAAAGAUGCAAAAGAUAAGUCACAAGGUAUUACAAUCAAUGACUUCAUUGUGAAAGCAGCUGCACUCGCUUGUAAGAAACGACCAGAAACAAAUAGUGUUUGGAUGGAUAAAACUAUUAGACAAUACGAUACAGUUGAUAUCAACGUAGCCAUUGCUACUGAUGCCGGUGUUCUGAUGACACCUAUUGUCUACAAUGCUGAUCAAAAGGGUCUCUCCGCGAUUAACAAAGAAAUCUCUCAAUUGAGCGAAAAAGCUAAUAGUGGAAAAUUGAAUGAUAACGAACUUGAAUUGGGAACUUUUACUAUUUCGAAUUUGGGAAUGUAUGGUGUGACAAAUUUCAGCGCUAUCAUAUACCCUCAACAGUCCGCUAUUUUGGCGAUUGGUGGUACUGACACAAAGAUUGUUCCUUCAAAAGAAUCUCCAAAAGGAUACCGUCAAUCAACUGUACUCAAUGUAACAUUAGCGUGCGAUCAUCGAGUCAUUGAUGGUGCUGUUGGCGCCCAAUGGUUGCAAGAAUUCAAACAAUUUCUUGAAAGUCCAGGAUCAAUGAUUCUAUAA